AUGACGAGAAGAAGUCGCGAUGGAGACAGCGUUGGACGAUUACUGCGUGUACUUGGCGACUGCGAGCUAUUCCAUAUAGAGACAGCUAUUCGUGGUAUUGGACGUGCAAAGGCUGGAAUCAGAUCUGAGUCGAUACAAUCAUUGAGUGUAAAAGACAACGUAAACAUCGUGGAAUGCACUGCUGAGGGUCGAGUGUUAUCGCUGUCAGAUCACAAGUCAAUUGCACAAGUUCAAGCUGUUUUGAAUGUUGUUGUCAAUGCUUAUACCGCUAAAUGUAAAGAAGAAGAAGAAGGAGGAGGAGCGGAAAGAACGGAGACGAAUCGAAAUUUGGUGUGCGCUAUUGCUGGAGCUGCUAUGACGCAAUCGUUGAGAGAUUGCGUAUCAUCUCGGACGAAUUGCUGUAUUUGGGGUCAGCAAGCAGAGAAAUUGAAUGCUGUCUUGGAUUGGAUGAUAGGUUAUGAACGUGAUAUCGCAUUACCGAGUCGUGAUUAUGUGCGGCAGCUGCUAUUGCAAUGGAUUCAGCCGUCGGUUGAGAAACAAAAUCAAUUUGCUGCGUGUCUUACGCUUUUUGAGCUGCUGCAACGACGUCGGCGCAAAUUGCAGACAUGCGCAAGCAAUACUGACAUCGCGUGCUUAUUAGGCAAUCGAGCAGGGAUGUACUUGAACGCCCUGAGCGUCGUUGUCGAGCGAGGAACGAUCCGGGUCGCAGAUUCGCAUCAUGUGAAACCAUCAAAGCUUGCGUUGGUUGCUUUGGAAGCGCUUGCAUUGCUAUGCGGAGAUGUUGCAGCGCAGUACAUGACAUCAAACAAAAUAGCAAAGAGAAGAUUUGUUGAUGAAGGCCUUGCAUGUAAGAUGGUGGAGUGCAUGCGGUUCAUUUUGAUUAUGCUACGAAGGUGGCACUUGCACUCAGCACGCCGCCAGUUUCUCGGCUAUGCGCUUCAACACCUGCAGUCAUAUGUUACGCCGUGUCGUGUCAUCUUGUCAAGUACGAAAGAAGUGGGAAGUGAACAUGCGCGUUGCACAAUUUUAAACGAUACAGGAGCGCUGGAUGCGCUGUGUUGGCACUGGCAGACGACCGUUCCACUACUUUGUACGCGUACUGACUCAUCCUGCCGAAUACAAGCGACUCGAUCACCAGAAGUUUUGACUUCAGUUCUGGAUGAAUGGGCUUUCAGUGCUAUUCCGCCUAAAGCAAUACAUGGCUCCAACCAUACCGUUGUCAAUCCUGAGGUAAUCUACGCUCAGCUUCGCUAUGUGUGCGUAUUGAUGGAUUCAAUUGGUGGCAUGAAAGGAUGUUCUAAGGCGUUUGGCGAUCUUCCCGACGAAUUCAAGGCUUACUUUAUAUUUUUCUUCAUUCAAGGUUUGUCAAUGGCAAUCAAAAACGAGUCUGAGGAGACGGUGCUCUUAAUUUUGAAAGUCAUGAGGGCCGUUCUUUUGCCAAAUGACACAUAUGUAGUAAAUCUAUUCGACUCACAAGAUACAGAGCAAGAACUUCUUGCACAGUUGCUCCGUUUGCAUGGCAACUUUGCUGUGGCGCACGAAAUUUCUGAUAGUGUAUCGCAAGCUCAAGCAGAGCUGGAGUUUUUUGUGGCAGACUUUGUCAUAUCUCGGGACUUGUUCAUUACUGAGGUGAUAAGGCGGGUGCAAGAAGCAUACACACACAGUCAGACGAACAUCUUAUCCCUGGUGCGAACAUUCUUGUAUCAACUGGACAAUGCAUCUAUACAAACUCAGCUACACAGACAUUGGCGGCAGAUGCUUACAUCCGAGGUUGUACGCCACGUCGCCCAUGAAAACCGUGGUAUCCGUCAAUUUGCAAUUUCUUGCCUGCCAUCAUUAGAUAUGGUGUCCUACAUUGCUGGAUUGUGCACACUCGAUACUUAUGGCGCAGGAACCCACAUUAUUACAUCGGUGCUUGGGUACCUUUUUACGGCUUCACCGCAAUGUUCCGUUGAAGUUGGGGUAUCCUGGCUCAUCGAUGCGUAUCAGUUUGGGACCCUUCGAGUCCCGGUUCUUGAAUCCUUGGCAUCUUCUCACAACUCGAAUGACUACGCUAGAAAGUUGAGAGAUGACGUGAAACAAAACAUUGCAGGUGGCGGCGACGAAAGGCAAAAGAUACAAGAAAAAGUGUUCUCACUUUGUUUUGGUCCAAACGGGUGGGCCAAACUCGUUCAGUCGUAUCACACUCGCAGUGAAGUUCUGCAAGUAUUGCUUCGCAAAAUCUUUGGUUUUCCUCGUGAUGCGGUGCUUUUGCGAAUGCUGCGUGAGUUUGUGGUAUGUGGCUGGGUGGACAACGAAGUAUUUGAAGUACUGGGAAAACAGCUCACAGCUCAAAUAAUGAGCUUGCCACGCUUGAGCGAAGAAAUUCUGAAUGACAGUUCUGUUUCGGCAGUAAAAUCUUGUGAGGGAUUGCUGUUCUCUCGGCUAGUACCGCUACUGGUGCUACGAAUGCUACCUCGACAUGCUCUUGCAACGAAUGAUAUUGAAUCAUUACUGUGUGGACGCGAAGAUUUGGAUCACCUGGACGAAUACGUCAAUUGCCAGCUCGAACUCGAUUCCAUUGAUUCCGAAGCAACCUCUAAAGGCUCGAUGGGGUCUACGAUCAAAACACUCUUUCACAUUAUAGGUCGCUCAGUGGUAGACCCAUUGGAAUUCAAAGAGGUGAAGAUGGUUGCUACUGAGUGCUUAUCCAAAUUUUCUCCACCUCGGGUGCUGCCAUUCGUCUUUGCAUACUUGGCAGCUUUCUUGCGAGAAGCUACUCCACACGGCAAAUAUGGUAGCUCGUAUAUUGUGGAAGAAGAUAGCAUUCCAAGUAUGUGUGGGCUGGUGACUGCAAAGCUAAUGGUCUAUUAUCUCAAUCGGGUCUUUUCCGAAUAUGAUUAUGCUUACAAAGAUGAAGAGACCGUUUUGAAAGCCCUUGUGGUGCUGGUACAAAUCAUGGAGGUUCCAUGCGUCCAAGAUUCAAGACUGUCAUCGGAUGAUAGCGGACAAAGAAGCACGAAUGUGCCGGUUUUGAGUGCUUCUUCACUAAUGACCCUUCUGAUGGGAUGGAUAUUUGGCAAAGUUGGAAAAGGCAGUGUCAUUGAUUGUGACACCGACCCUUUCAUUUCACGAGUGCAGGAAUUGCUUGAUAAUAGGUGGAGUGGACGUUGUCACCACAAGCUACCGUCGCAAGUUCGUAUUUGCUGUUGUAAUGUCUUACUGAGUGCUAUCUCACGGGCAGAGAGCAGGGUUCUCGCAAGCUGGAAAAUGCAAGGGUUCAUGUUGCAAAUUGCACGAGCAACUGAUAGUUGCUCUGAAGAUGAUGUUGUCGCCGGGGGCUUGCAGAUCAUCUUUUCGCUUUUACACAAGUCGAGCGAACAUUUUUCAAUGGAUAACACUGGCGAUCUACAACUCGUUCGCGUCUGUUUUGAGACCACUGCAGCUCGCCUCGAGACGACGGGGUGUGAAUCCGUAGCAAUGAACGGGCUUAAAGUCGCUGGAGCUCUUGUUGGAAAAUAUCUAGGUUUUAUGUCACCAGUUGAACUGCAGCGGCUUAUCGACAAGUGUUUGAUUAAGGUGCGUGAUCGGCAAAUAUCACCUGUAGUAAGGGAGCUGGCACAAUCACUGCUACAAGCGAUGGCGCCUCCUUAA